AUAAUUUUCAAGUCGCUCACUCAACAAGGUGAGGCGAUGUAAUGCCAUGGGUUUGAACACUGCUUUGUUAAACCGACUGUAGCGGGGUAUCAAACUGGAUGGAUUGGAACACCUAUCCGCUCAGUUGACGGCAAAUGGCACACGAACUCAUCAACGGGUCUGUAAUGGGUGCUAGCUGAAGUUCAAAAACUUGCUUGUCAUCCAAGGGGGGUUAAAUGAUGGUGAACCCAUUCGACUGCGGAGUACGCACGAACACAGUCUGUAACAUUUGGCACAUGGAAUGAGCCCGAUUGAAGGAACCGCAACAUUUCAGCAAAGCAGAAAAAGACCGAUGGAGAUCACGCUUCUCAAUUCCAAUUUUGACAGUUUGUGAUAUAUCAUUCCAAAAUGUUCCUGCUCGGCCGUGGCAUUGGGUUACUCUUCUCACAAUCCUGCUUGAUUGAUCAUCUGCAUUUAAUCAUACCCAAAGUAGGAAAUGUACUGCUUGGGUGGCUUAACUGUUUACACCUUCCAAGUGAGAGAAAACUUCAGAGUAUGCGCGCGUCCCAUUUGCUUCAGGGCAUUUAGUUUACAUCAGUCAGCGGGGUCCUCUUCUAAGAAGGAGUAUUUCUUAAAUGAUAUCCCCACUUUUUGUCUGGCCUUCCGUCACACUUUCGCAAUGGCCGAUGGUAAUACAACUAACACUGAAGUCACCGUGGCUCGAGAGCUGUUGGAUUCCAUUAUGGGGAAGGCAAAUGCUCAUGUGACCUAUCCCUUUAUGAAGGAAAUCGAUCCGGAUGCUUUGGGGUUGCAAGAUUAUCGAAAAAUUGUCACUGAACCUAUUUGGUUGGAAAAAAUGGCAGAGAAGUUUUCCCAAGGCUACUACCAAAACAUUCGGGAAUUCGUCUGUGAUUUCCGGCUCAUGCUAUUUAAUUGCUACCGCUAUAAUGGCAUAGCCUCUCGCAUGGGUCGGUCAGCUGAAAAGCUGGAACUGCUUUUUGAACAGAAGCUGCAACUCAUGUCUCCGGAAAUUCGUUUGAAAACCUCCAUUCACUCCACACUCGGUUGCGGUAGCGCAGAAGAUGAAUUAACUGACUCAGCGGCCAACGGGCUCUCUCGUCGAAGAAGCUCUACUCGGCUGUUUCUCUCUGGCGAUUCACGGCAGCUGACUCCCAUGCGGUCAAUUAUGGAGGAGUUGGAGCAUGCUUUGCAGCCAGAUGGCGGUGGCUUCACUGCUUCCCUUAUCACUGGCGGCUUGGACAGUUUGAAACACGGAUCCUCUGGUCCCAUCCCUACCUCUUUCCAAUCCCCCGCAACCGCGUCCACCAGUGAAGCCCGUGCUUCCAUUCUCCUCAGCCGUCUCCUCCACUGGCGCGUUCGAAGACAAGAGGAGGCGUUGUUGUCAUCCUGGAACACUUGGUGGCUCGAACAGAAAGGGCCUGAAAUUAUGGAUAUCUUAAACCAUACUUCGGAGCUGUUAGAAGCCUAUCAAUUCCUAUGGCUCUCAGAUCCGUUCCUGGGUAUAACUGAUUUCAUGGCUUAUUCAGCAAACUCCAAUGGCUCUUCCGUGACAGAACACUCUUCAUCAAAUAUUCGUGGCCUAUGUUUAUUCGACCUUGAGUUGGGCUUGGCUGUGGCACCUCAGGCGAGUCAGCUGUUAGCUAUUUGCAUGAGCAAUUUAUUGGCCACCCCAAAAGAACGUAAUCAAAUUGUAUCCACGCUAUCAAGCAAGUACGCUGCGGAAUCGGGUGACAGCAGCAAUGCCGGACUCAUUGAUGGUCUUGGGCACCGCCGUCCACGGAAUAAUCAACAAUGUCUGUCGAAUUCUCUUACUCCUCUGGAGUAUGAUGUGUGGGAACGCCGUCUUUCCGAACGAGUGGCCUCUUGGUACCGCACUUUUUGGGACAAGGGCAAAGGCUACCUACCUUGGGCCAUUCGUCGAAUCGGGCUACCACCAACUUUCUUCGCUCGUUGUGGCUCGCGAGUUAAUCCCCUGGAGUCGCGACGCUUUCACGAACUACCUCCGUAUGUUCGCAUACAGCUGCUCCACGCUCUGUGUGAAACCGUACUGCGAACCUUCGAAAAUCUUCGCCAAUCAUUGGACCGUGAGGCCGAUUGGGAUGCCGCGAAACCUGUUUCUUUGGGCAGCGAUUUGUUCUCCAACGUUAAUUACUUGCACUUCCCCGGAUGUCUCGAUUCAGAGUCUGCUUCAAUCUGCCGUGUGUAUCGUGUUGGCCGAACCAUACCUGGGCCGGUGGAAGUUCCCGGGAGAUCUAGUAUAUCCGAGGCAACGGUUCCAUCUGAAUCUCUCUUGGCUAGCUCCAAAUCUCAUUCUUCCACAUCUGAAGAAAAGUCAGACGAUGGAGCACCAAACACACCAGUCGAAAGCCAUCGGCUUGUGAAGCGUCGCAAACGACGACAAAACCGAGUGACCAAAGUGGGACGCCUUGGAGGGAAGCAGAAGAGCGCAAUGUUGGAGCACGAUCGCUUGAUUAGCGAGCUUGGUUUAGAGGUUUCUGGCCCUGUGGCGCGUCUUCCCUGUUGGAUGGAUCCGUCUCUGCAGCGUUCGAUUUGCCGCAGGUUAUAUAAGAUUGCCGAACAACUCCAGGCCGCCAACCAACCUUUGACACUGCUCGCUCCCAAGCCUGGUGGCCGACGGAAAUCACAGCUGAGCAGAUCCUCAUCCGUUGCCUCCAGUUUUGGCGCUUAUUCCGAUGCAAACGAUUCGCUCACCACGAUACAGUCUAAUCGAAUUCGAGGCCGUACAAGUAUUACCGGUUCUAACAAAAUGCCGUUCCCUACUUUCUUGCGAGUGGAUACCCAGAAGAUUAAAGAAAUGGUUGAUCAGGACCCGGCUCUUUCCCCUUCUCCGUUUGGUUUACUCAGUGGCCUGUCUCGUCGACACCUGUCGCUUCAAGCUGGGCGACAUCACCCUGGUCUGUCUCGUGGUGGAUCCAAAUCUGCUUCCUCAAGACGAUCCAAGUCUAUUACUGACCAUGAAGCUCCGCAGGUUGAUGAGGCGGACUCCUCUACCACAACAAGCCAGUGUGAUGCGGAGGAAGUUCAGAGUAGUCUUUCAGACCAGGACUCAACUAAUGAACAGCGAAAGUCAGACAGGGAUGACGAGUUCGUAUGUGAUGACAUGAUUCAGGACACACCAAGAGCCCUUGUCAAGAAUAUGGAAGAUGAGAUGGUAAGGCCGGAAGACCAACAGAAAUCAGAGCAUUGGCUGGACCAACUAUCAUCCUCUUCCGGAUUGGUGCGCACCUCCUCUUGUUUGAAACAGGAGGAAACAGACAAUGAGCACAAAACGGAGGAAGGGUUUACUAAAGAAGCACCCGGCCCUCCGAGCAAUCCAAAUCCCAUCGGGCACACGCCUGAUUCUUCCAACUCAACGCUUGAACUCGCGGAUAGGUCGAAGCAAUACGAAGAGGAAUUUGUUUGUGAACCUGAUCGGAGUGCAUUCUCUUUGGUCGCCCAGGACCCCAAUAGUCUUCGGGAUUUAAUAGCGCAUAUUCAACGCAUCCUAGAAGCUGCGAUUCGGCGUUGGGAAAGUGGUCCUAUCGCUGAUCCUGAUCCGAACGAAGAAAGUAGCAGCAUCCCUAGCCCCCAGUCCACCUGCAGUUCAGAGUCUGAUGAGAACGUAUCUGGCUCUGUUCUCCCUCCAAAAUGUCGCCGCCCUGGCGGUGCGCAUGGGGCUGUCGGCCGUCUGACCCCACGUGAUAGGCGCUUUUCCCGCGCCAUCCGUCGGCUGCGUCUCCUUAUCGCCAAUCUAGAACGAUUGCAUUCAUCUAUGUCCUUGCGACAGACGGAACUCGGCGAUGCUCAGCAACUGGCUCGUCUUCGUUUACGUAAAGACGUCCUUGCGUGGCUCGCAAGAGAAGAGGAUCGCCGGAACUCCAAAUCAACGGAACCAACAAUUUCCUCCAGUGCCCAAUCCGGCCAGAGUGAUUUGGUGCAAUCUGGGAACUUAGCAAAGGAGCGAGCUGAGCGUCUCAGACGUCGCGAACAAUUGCGUGUGCUCGACGACGAUGAAGAAGACCACACAACAGCUCCGAACCCUAAUCCAACCCCAGUUUCGUGUACUACUUCUUCCAUAUCCGAACCAACUCAGGCCACCUGUACUGCAGCUGACGUAACGGUUCAACAGCCGUUAGGUUCCACCACAAUACCAGUCAACCGCUCUCCUCCUCCCAUGGCAUUCUCCUGGCGGUUCGACAAAUCCGGUUCACCAAAAAUUCCCAUAUUUCCAACUAAACCAACAGUGUCUUUUCGUAGUACCACAGUAAACCAAGUCAGUUCUAAAUCUGAUUAUAUCGCCACGAUCCCCACUACAUCCCCGCAUAUUUCACUCCGUUUCCGAAUUGCCCCAUGGAGUGGUUCUCAGACGAGUCAAACACCAGCGCCUGCUUCAUUGUCUGGCCCAUCCGCACGUACCAACGGAUUGACUAGUAAUGCGACAUCGGUCCUGUUUGCGAAUACUACUACGAUCUCUAAACCAGCUCCGUUACCUGCUUCCUCUCUAUCCGCCCCUCCACAGAUGGUACCCACCAACACGCAGCCCGAUGCGCCGUCCAAUUCCUCAUCGACGUCUCCCUCCAUAACGGACGGUUUAAACGCUCGCAAAGUGUAUCGUGUAUAUGACACAUUAUUCACUGAAGACGCUUGCCCAGUGCGAAUCGAUGCAGAUGGGAGUAUUCGUUUCCUACCAGUCGACUCUAUACCUUUGCUCCAUCGGCAACUGGCUCGUCAAAUGAUAGCUCGUUACAAACAAUUUGUACACAAUUCAGUAGCCAGUCCCUCUUCGGCUCCCCCGGCAAAACGAGUUGCUGUAACUACCGGCGACCAAACCACUACGUGAUCAAACACGAACGUCUUGUUAUCUUUUUUCAGAGUUGACCCUACACUGUCCCUCUACCGUGUUUCUCUGUCAAACUUCUGCUCAUCGUAAGUGUUGUCCAAAUCCUACUUCAACGCAUUUACCAGCAAUUCACUCCCCCAUCCACGUGCAUAUUAUGUUUUCGAUUUAUUAGUUCGAAGCUACUCGCUCUCCGUCAUGCUGUUUUCAUUUCGCAGGGCUCGUAAU